UUCAACCAUUGGAUAUUUGUAGGCGUAGAAUUCUCAGUUGAGUACACGUGCUGCUAUCUCUAUCUAUCUCUUCUUUACCUCUUUUUAUCUUUGCCUCCAUGCAUGGAUUUGUCCUCCAAAUAUAGUCUGUGUUUAUUCCUAUGUAAGAAAGACAGAGUAUAAACUACUCUCUUUCAAUUCUUUCUUUUGCCUGGUUGGAUUGCUAGUUCAUUGCCAUCAUUGGCAACAAGGUUAGCAACUUAGCAUAGCCCUUCUCUUCAUAUUUUUUGAUGUUUUUUAAUAUUUAAUUUUUUUGCUUCAAAUACUAUUAUUCAACUAACCAAUUGAGCUACUACUACUAGUGCUGGAGAGAGACUUCACUACCACUACAUAUUCGCCAGCUAUUUCCUAACUCUUCUGCUCAUCAGAUCUUGUUAUUGACCAAAAAUUCUUUUCUUCUUCGAUCAGUUCAAGAUUGGAGAAGAUAUUGAAACUCAACCCCACUUGAAUUGUCAGCUCAGAUUUCAAUUUCUAGCUUUGUUUCUUGAUCUGUUUGCUCUGUUUGAUUAAAAGCCAUUGAUCAGUUGUUGUUCAGUACAAUGAGAUCAAAGCUGUAGCUUCUUUUUUUUUUUGUGGUUGUUUUCCAGAUUGAGUAUUAUCAGCGAUUCUUAUUGUUUGUCUGAUCUGAUUCUUUUUCAUUGAGCUUUAAUCCAAUUCGAUGGAAGAAGAUCAAGAAGUGAAGCAUGUGUGCAAGUUUUGUAACAAAAGCUUCCCUUGUGGUAGAUCUUUAGGGGGUCAUAUGAGGUCCCAUCUGAUCAAUAUUCCAGCUGAAUCCAACGAGAAGCAUGGCAAGAAAAGGUUGCCAUCUUUCAAGACUGGUAAUCGAGAUGAUUCCUCUAAAGAAGCUCAAAAUGGUUACAGCCUUCGAGAGAAUCCCAAGAAAACAAGUAAAUUUGCUGCAAAUUCAAGUGAAGAUACUUCACUUGAUAGCAAAGUCUGCAAGGAAUGUGGCAAAUGUUUUCCAUCUUGGAAAGCCUUGUUUGGUCACAUGAAGUGCCACUCUGAUAAAGUAUUAUCAAAUAACAGUGCCAGUGUGGAGGACGAUUCUUGGAACAGUGCUGCUGCUAAUCAAAAGCUGGUCAUGGAUAGCCAAUCUGAUAAUGAAGCAGCAGCUCCAAUUCGAAAGCAGAGAUCAAGAACAAUCAAAAGGUACAAAGCUACUAAAAAUAUUAAUACUGCUCCUUUAACAAUUGCACAACCUUCACCCUGCGUAACUGAGAAUCAUGAGCAAGAACAACAAGAAGAGGUUGCUAUGAGUUUGAUAAUGCUUUCGAGGGAUGCGAGUAACUGGGGUGGUCUGAAAUCGGUUGGUGGGGGUGAGUCCUCUGAUUAUAAUUCUGAGUUCUUAGAAGCUCGAUCAUCAAAUCAAAAUAAGCAAGAUUGUAAAACUGAGAGCAAGAUUUUAAAGUCCUCUAGUCUUGACUCUAAGAUGAAGUCCAAGAUUAAGCAACCAGAACCAAGUAAAGCUUCUGGAAUGUCGAGAAAAGAGUUCAGAGUGAAGAGUUCAGAAGUUUCAACUGAUGCUUUUCUUGGAGAUGUCUUUAUUAAAAAGAAUAAAGUGGAGGAGGGUGCUGAACUCCAGCAGUCUAAAGUUGAAUUGCCAAAGAAUCAGUCUGAAUCAGAAUCCAAGAAGCAGAAUUUGAGCAAAAGAAGGUGCAUCGCUUUGCAUGAUGAUCCAGAAUUGAGUGCAGAUUACUCAAUAACGAAACUGGCUUGUGGUGUUUCUGAUUCUGAGUUGCUGUAUCUGGGUUCUGAUAGGAAAAGCAAAUUUGAGUGUACUACUUGUAACAAGGCCUUCCAUUCCUAUCAGGCUUUAGGUGGUCACAGGGCUAGCCACAAGAGGAUGAAAGGCUGUUUGGGUUCGAAAAUUGAUAGCAGUGAAAACAGCACUGAAACUGAAAUCUCCCCAAAUCAAACUGCUGACAGCAAACUGAGGAUCAAAUGCUACAGCAAGGAUAUUGAUACCACCACCGAUGGUUCCAAAGAAAAGGUCGAAAUGACAGAUUAUGGGUCCAAGGAGAUCAAGACUGUUCAUACAGAUUAUGGAUUUAAGAAAGACAAAAGCCAUGAAUGCCCAAUAUGCUUCAAACUUUUCCCAUCAGGUCAAGCCUUAGGUGGUCACAAGAGGGCACACUUGGCUGCUGAGGCCAAAAGCAAUCAAGGAAUUGUAAUUCAGAAGCAAAUUCCUGAAAUCAGAGACUUCCUGGAUCUCAACUUGCCUGCUCCUGCUGAAGAAGAGGGCAGUGACCAAGUCUACUUCAGCCCUUGGUGGAUUGCAAGCAACCACAAGCCUGAGCCACUGGUGGGGAUGCUCUAACUGACCAUCCUGCUUUCUAGCCUUAAUUCAAGUGUACAGAUUCAUUAAUUCAUUUCACAAUUGAAAUGUCCACAGCAGUAACUAUUAUUCCAUUGGGCUAAUUUAUUAGCCACUUAGUAGCCCCUAUUCCAUCUCACUAGUCAGUUAAUCACAACCCUUGAUUUUCUGCUUCAUUAUUUACAUGAUUCUUUACUUGUUUGGCAGAAAAAUAACCUUUUUGUUUCCUUGGCUUCUGAAACAUGUACACCUCAUUAUUCAUGUUAAUGGAU